UAAAUAGGGCCAAUCCUCUUCCCUUUCUCAACCACAAUUAACUGCAAACUUUGCUAGCCAUUCCCCUACUACUACUCAUUAGCUUUCCUUCUUCUUCUUCUUUUUUUUUUUUCUUUUGGUAUUUGUUUUAGUCUUCAAUGGCAAUUCCAGUGAUUGAUUUCUCUAAGCUCAAUGGUGAGGAUAGGGCCAAAACAAUGGCUCAGAUUGCAAAUGCAUGCCAAGAAUGGGGUUUUUUUCAGCUGGUGAACCAUGGCAUCCCAGUGGAGUUGCUGGAGAGGGUGAAGAAGGUCUCAUCAGAGUUUUAUAAGGGAGAGAGGGAGGAGAAUUUCAACAAGUCAAAGGAGGUGGAUUUGUUGGAUGAGAGUAGUGAAAAGUUGGAGAAUGUGGAUUGGGAAGAUGUUAUCACUAUCUUGGAUGAUAAUGAAUGGCCAUCCAAAACACCUAGCUUCCAGGAAACCAUGAAGGAAUACAGGUUUGAGUUGAAGAAAUUCGCAGAAAAGGUGAUGCAAGUUAUGGAUGAAAACUUGGGAUUACCGAAGGGAUACAUAAGGAAGGCACUCAAUGAUGGAGAUGGUGAUAAUGCCUUCUUUGGCACCAAGGUUAGCCACUACCCACCAUGUCCUCACCCUGAGAGGGUGAAGGGUCUUCGAGCCCACACAGACGCUGGUGGCGUCAUUUUACUCUUCCAAGACGACAAGGUGGGGGGACUUCAAGUCCUGAAAGAUGGAGAAUGGAUUGAUGUCCAGCCCUUGCCUAACACCAUUGUCAUCAACACAGGUGAUCAGAUUGAGGUCCUCAGCAAUGGCCGCUACAAGAGUGCUUGGCACCGAGUCCUGAGCCCCGUCCAUGGGAUCAGGAGAUCCAUUGCUUCAUUUUACAAUCCAAGUCUGAAAGCGACCAUUGCUCCUGCACCACAGCUGGUGGAAAAAACAAACCAACAAGUGGAACAAACUUAUCCCAAGUUUGUUUUUGGGGAUUAUAUGUCUGUUUAUGUUCAGCAGAAGUUCCUUCCCAAGGAACCAAGGUUCCAAGCUGUAAAGGCAGUGUAAUACCAAGAAGAAGCUCAAAACCAUGAAUGAUGUUUUUGAUUGAAAGAGUAGAGCCCUUUCUUUCCUGGAAAAUAAAAUUGCAGGGAAGGAUAUGAAGAGCUCAAGUCAGUAUACAAUGUUACUAGGGUGUUUGUUUGUUUGUUUGUUUGUUGUGUUUUUUUUUUGUUUUUGUUCUUUUCCUUUUUUGGUUGGGAGUUUGUGUUGAUGAACAUGAUGAGAUGCUCGAUCAAAUUGCUAAAGUUGGGUGUGUAAAUUUGAAUCACAUAUAUAUUUUAUUAUGAAUUUUCUAUUUUAUUUUAAGAAACAGCUAUGAGCUUUUGACUUCUUAAAAUUAUAUUUUUAUAUUAUAUAUCAGCAGUGCUUGUCGUCCAUUUUUAUUCCGAUUUUCUUAUGUUUCCCUUUAUUUUAAUAUUUAACAUUACUUCAGUGAGAACAGAUGCCUCCCUAGAACAUGCUCCACAUGCAUCUCCAUACACAAUAUAGAAAAAAAAGAAAAAUCUUUCUGAUUUUUUUUAUAUAGAACUGGAAUGCAUGUUCUGUAAAAGGAACAAAAACUUUUAUCAAUCUAAUCUCAGAUUUUCUGGUUACAUUAUAAAAAUGGAAGACAAAAACACCGAAACAUUAUUAAAUAUAUGGGGGAUGCUUUUCACUGUUUUUUUCAGUCCAUUGGCCAGAAUAUUGAUCAGGCAGCAAGAUGACAUGAAAUCCAAGUAUAUGCCUAUAGUCCUUGUAAACUUAGGUGCCUUUAUUUGUUUUUAUCAUUCAUAAGUAGUAGAGAUAGAAAGCCCUAUCAAACAUGCAACAAUUUCAGUCACUAACAAAGUCGUCAUAUCAUAUGUCAUAGAGUGGAGCUCUGCGUGGACCUUGGGAUUAUUUUCAACAUCAAGGGAACUUGCUCUAUAACUUUAUACAUACUACUACCAGAAAGUAACAGAGAAAUACAGGACAGGGGCCAAACUGUGCCCCUAAAAUGAAAAUUUUCUCAUUUAAGUCCUUUAGAUUUUUCAAAAUUUUAAAUUAGUAAAGAUAAAAUUACACUUUGACCCCUUUAAAAAUAUAAAAUUUUGAUUUAAUCUUUUAAAAAUUAUAAAGAUAUAGACUAUCAAAAUGAUGAAAUUACAUUUUUACUAUUAUAAAAAUUACAAUUUAAUUUCGGCCCCAUAAAAAAAAUUUCUGGUUUCACCCCUGAGGAUAACUUACAGCCUUGAUACAGAACACUAACUGAUUAGAUUCUUUCACAAAAUAAAAUACUAUGAGAUCUUUCUUUAUUAUUAUUUCAAAGCUGUUGUGAGUACCCUAUCUGACAUUAUUUGUACAAUCUAAGGGUAAAAAUUGACCAACACUACUUUUGUGGGGAAGCAUAUGUUGGUAAUGAAUAGCAUUCACUCUUUGUAUAUUAAACUCUUUUUUUCUUUUUCUUUUUUUCUCUUUCCAAGUUAUAAUUUUAUAUCUAUACAUCAAUUUACAUGAAGGUUCAACCUACCUUGAGAAUGAAGCUGUGGGGGCCUUAGAGGGCUUUUUGAUCCAAUCUCUCAUUCCAGUUAAGGCAGCGAAUCAAGCUGUGGAACCAAUCACCUGUUUGGUCAGAUUUAUUGACAGUUGGAAGGGGGUGCUGGCUCAUAGAUAUUCU